CUCAUUCAUUAGUCAUCCCGUGAUCAUGGCACUUGCAACAGUGUCGAAAUAUCGGGAGUCUCAUAUCCCCAUUUAAACGCGCGCCGCACUCGCUGUUACCGAAGGGUAAAUGCCUGCCUACCGCCGUGGAGGUCGGACCCUGCCAUACCUGCGUCUGUGACAACAACGGAGUAUACAUCUGCCGCAACCAGGACUGUGACACUCAGAAGCUCAGCGAAGUAGCUCAAGGAAAAUUAGACGUUGAUGAAUGUACACCACACAUGCUAUAUAAAGACGGAAUUUUGUGGUGCUCCUGUACUGACAAAAAACGUUGGAAAUCUGAAAGCUGCCGGCAAAACUUCUACCACACUCGUAACAAAGUACCAUUGAGGAAAACAAAAAUAUCUAUUGACGCUAUUCAAUGUGAUAAAAACGAUUACUAUGUCGUCGAUUGCAACGUCUGCCUUUGUAAAUCUGGUAUCCUCGAUGAGGCAUCUUGCACCAAUAGAACUUGCCUCGAAGGCAGUAAAGUUGACGACUGCAAGUAUGGCCAAGUGCUGAGACUAGACGGAGAACUUUGUACGUGCAGCGAACUAGGAUUCUACAUUGACAAACUGUGCAUUAAGGUCAAGGGCGUGAAUACGAAAAUAGAACAGAAAGAUCUGGCCAUCCUAACACACGAAGUAAAAGGUAUGAAAGAGAACAAGAGGACUUUAAAAGACAAAAAUCUUAAAUGUGAACCAAACUCCAUCUUCAACGUGGAUUGCAACAAAUGUUGGUGUUCUGAAGAUGGGAAGGAUAUGAAAUGUACUGCUAAACUUUGUUCGCCUGAAAUACUGAAACAAACCAUGUUUCAAGAUUCACCUAAUAUUCCUGAAGGUGAAAAAUGCGUAAAAGGACAAACAUAUAAGAAAGAUUGUGGCACUUGUACUUGUAAUGAAAACAACCGAAUGAUGUGUAGUAAGACAGCUUGUCUCUCUCCUGAAGAGCGCGACGAACUAAGUAAAAUACAACAGCAACAUUCCAAAAUUUCUCAACAAAAGGAGAAAGUUACAGAAAACGAUCAAAAAACAGUAAGAGAGGGUAACAAGAAUCAUAAUAUCAAGAUAAUAGAAAUAAAUAAAAAUGGAACUCCUAAUAAAAAAAUAGGAUUUAAUAAGUCGGACUUCAAAUCUGCAGGUGAUAAGAAAAAAACAAUCAAAUUAAAUACAAUACAAACAGGAAAUGACUUUGAAAUGAGGGCAAAGAACGACGAAUUAGAAAAAAUAAAGUUACAUGCCCAUAAAUUAGGACUUUUCGAAGAAGAUGAGGGGGAUGAAGAUCACGAUCAAGAUAAUUCCGAUUAUAAGCCAAUAAAGUUGACAGAUGCUUCAGGAAGAUUCCCACUAUUGAAUCUGAAAGUGAAAUGCACCCCAGGAAGAAUCUACACCAAGGGGUGCCAGCGAUGCUUCUGCUGUAACCAAAAGAAACCCCGAUGUACCAACAAACCAUGCAAAGCUAUGAGUAAAAAAGUGAAGGUUCCAUCUGACGUGACUCCGUCAAUCAGCGGGUUAGACUUCGCGAGGAUGGCGAGUCUACCCCACGAAGCGGCGAAGUGCACACCGGGCAAGUCAUAUAAAGUAAGGUGCAACAGGUGCAUCUGUCUGGCAAAUGGGAACUUAUUGUGCGAAAAUAAACUCUGCGCCAGCAUAGCUGAAAUCAACGCGAAUACUGCGUGGAGAUACAAUGGAAAUACCUGCAAAUCAGACGAGGACCCUCCUCAUCCAGGAGACUGCAUAACAUGCAAGUGUGAGAAGAAAGAAUUCAAAUGCAAUCCCCGGCCCAAAUGCAUACCGCGAAAGUUCAAUAGCGCGUCAAUACUGAAAAAUGUCAAACACCUUGAAAUUAACUCCACCAUGGACUGUGUACCGCACAUGGUGUACAAACAAGCCUGCAACGACUGUUACUGCCAAGCAGAUCAUAGUCUCCGUUGCACCAGAAAAGGCUGCCUAUCUUACACCCAGGUUAAGAAAUUGGAUGAAGUGCGCCAAAAGCUGCUUCAAGAAGGAUUGUAAAUUGUAAACCACAAUAUACCGGGUGCUAGAGACAUCGUACCGAAUACGGGAUGAUUCAGCUUGAUAUUAACUCAGUUAUGAGCGGAUUCAUCCCCCUUAAUAUUCGAUACGGUAUCACUAACACCCUGUUGGUAUAUCUUUUUAUUUUUGACUUGACUUAUUGUAGGUCAGGAAGGUGCCCACUU